AAAUAGACGGAGCUGUGUCUGUGGGUGCGCGUGUGGGUGUUGUGGGCUCGACAUCUCAGCCAACCUGCUCCAAGUUCUAGCCAAACCUGACGCUAGUUGAUGUGUAGGGGCACAGCAACUUUUCACUGCUGUGUUCGUGCUUGGAUAAACAAAAAAAAUGUUGACGGUUCGGUUUGUGUGUUUGUUCACUCUUAUCGCCGCUACUUGCGUGGUAGCCCAGUACUCACCCUACGGCCAGAACCUGCCCAGGGAAUGGCCGGUGCAGUCCUACCCCGACCCCCACUCACGUGACACGGAGCAACACAGGAAGUGUGGGAGGUACAACACAUCCAACAUCUGCGACCCUAACGGCAUCAUCACCAGGACCGCAGCUGAUGCCAUAGACAACCUUAUCAACAGCAUGGAGGUCGACACCAGAUGUGGAUGCUUCCAAUGCGACACCUACAAGCAGGGCUACAAAAUACGUGUUGCCCUCUUGCCCAACUUUAAGAGGAUAUAUAGGAACAGCAACAGCUCCAGCCUUGCCAUGCUGAGGGAGGUGCGACUGUUUACCUACAUGCUGUCACAGAACUGGCGCUUUGUUGGCCUGUGUAACGAAACGGUUGUCAUUGUUUACAUCAAGGACCACAACAUU